AUGCACGCACAUUUUGCCAUAGCAAACCUUUUAAAUAUUAGCGAAGGGAAUGCUGGCAGCGCAUUUGGAAGAUUAGGACGCACCUGAUGUUUUAUACAUUAUACAUCGAAUUAGGUCAGAGUAUUUUUUUUUCAAGUCCUUAUGGCUAAAUAAUACUAUGCACGGAUAUCUCAAUCAUAUUUCGCCUUUAUUAACAAUUUUAGGUGCGUGAUCUUAAAUAUUCAUGAAGCAUCUUCAAUCAGUAAAAUUUUUGCAUUUAUUUAUUUUACAUAUUUUAGAGUUACGUAGCCAGGUCAUAGCUUAUGUUUGUUUAUAAUAUGAAUGUGGCAAGGCUUUCCGUCUUUCCCACCGCUGCUUUACUGAGUGAAUGUUACUUAAAAAACGAAUUCGUAAAAUAAAAAUUUUUUUUAAGAUAGGGAUUACGGAAAUAUGGGCCAACACCACAGAUCACCCGAGGCAGAGGCAGGCCAAAAACGAGAUGGCGAAAUGUCCUGGACUCAUUUUGUGGCGACCAGCGGAUACAUGCACAAAGCCAAAGAACAAAUAAAAAAAAGAGGCAUUAUUCCUCCACGUAAAGUGGAGAUGUUUUCUUACAUGAUAAUUACUAAUAGCCCCGUUUCAAGGCUGCCUAUUGUGACGGAUAGGUAACUACGGAAUCCUACAAUGAGCAUGGUCUGAUAUGCUCUUAGCCGGUUUUUUAAUGCUAAUUUAUACUCAUUGAAAACAGAUGCAUUAUACUUAAUAUCUAUUUAUCGACUCAGUCUGCAAAUUAAAUACUUAUUUUAUAAUCAAAUUGUCUUGCGUUGCUUUGUUGUAAUUAAUAUAUUUUUGUUAUCUAGAAAUUAAAUGCACGCCAGAUUCUUUACAAAAUAGAGUGGAUAACUUAAAAUACUACAUAAUUUAAUCUUACGACAGUGCGGGGAGUCAGAUAUUUUGUUUUAAAAUGAAGUAUUUUGUUAAUUUCAUAUUCCUUAUAGUUUAUGUAAAUCUUAAUCCUGUUCUUGGUUCAGAUAAUGUCUUAAAUUUAAAGGAAUUAAGUUUUCCUGAAAGAUAUUACAAAAAUGACAAUUUUGAUAACAUAGGCGAUGUUUUGCUAAACAAGAAAUUUUACGAUGGUUACAACGAAGAUCGAGGUAUGUUUGGAAAAAAUGAUCAAAAGUUUGCAUUUGACGAAGGAAAUCCUGAUAUCCACGGAAUUAUAGAGCGUCCAUGUCAGGUAUAUGACACCUUCUGUAUCCGCAAGUUCUUCGCGGAACACUCCAAAUGCAAGAUAUCAGGAAGGAGACUUCCUGAACCAUUUUUCAGGGCACAAUCUAGUUAUCAGUAUGCAAGUGCUAAUAUAUCAGUUACUGCCGUUGACGGAAUAUAUGAUGGACUGAGUAAUGCUAGAGUGGAAGAGUUUUAUAUCAACAAAGUAACAGACAACUUGGUUAUUGCUAUCUAUUUCGAUGACGUCUCAAUAAUAUCUAACAACACAAACGCAAAAUAUUACCUGAGAGGACGAGAACCAGAAGUACAUACAGACGUCGCUAGUUUGGAUUUUAGGAAAACAACUGUAACAAUGAUCAUACCGGGAUUAAAUAAUCUAAGGUUGGACCGAGCUGAGAUAUACUCAGAAAGUCCUCUCGUUCCAUUUUCUACUGGACCCCGUAUAGGUUUGAGUUCAGAUCCUGAAGUUGAAGCCAUGUUUUUAUAUUUGGUGACUGUGGGUGUUCCAGUGGAAACGCGCGAAGAAACAAGCACGGAAGGUGUGUUCUUCGGCACUACCUACUUGCAAUACAACAUUUGCGAUUUCGGCCUUAAAGUUUUGUAAUUUAGUUUCAUUAAAAGCUUGCAAUAUA